UACUUUGUUUCUAUUUUUAGUAAUGACUUUGUUUAUUCGGUACAUAUAUUCACUUACAAACUGAAUUUUUCGCAUCGGUUCAUUUGGGUUGGUGUUAUGUACUCGCCACGGAAGUAUAGAGGCAACUUCCCUCUGUUUGAAAUUGCUGCGUUCAUUGUUUGACACACAACUCGGCUCUAUUCGACAGAGCUCGUGUGUGAUCCGACUGGCAGAGCGAGCGAACAGUGCAGAACUGAAAAGGGCUCAAGUUUUAAUCCACAGGACUGUACACCUGGAAAGUACGAGACAGAAAGGAAAACAGUGUGUAGCGAAUUCGUUACUGUGUUUGCGAAAUUAUAUUGCCUGUUUAAUUCCAGUGGAAUGCUGCGGUUUUAGUUGCAAGACAGGGACAACAACUCUGGGAACGGUUUGUUUCCCAUUUUAACAAAAACAACAACACAAAAAAAAAAACUAUUAUUGAUCCAAAGAGAUAACAUGGCGACCGGAGGCUUCAGAGCACCAAAUACAGCAACGGAUUUUCUAGAAGAAUGGAAGGCCAAAAGAGAAAAGAUGAGGGCUAAAAUGCUUGGGGAGCUUGCUGCUUCUGGCAGCAGUACUGGAAGUGGUAGCAGCACCACGGUGACAACAACUUCUGCUGUGCUCGCUGCAAAGAAUAACAAUGAAACUGUCAGCAGGAGAGUAGUCGGGUCAAGCAAUGAAUUAAAUAACAAUGGUAACCCUGAUCGCGGAGUUUCCACUACUUUUAAUUGUGUGUCGGUUUCUUCUCAUUCAAUGGCCCGAUCGCCGUCCUCCUCGGCUGUCCGGAGGAUCGAGGAUGACCCACAACAGGCGUCCGCCUGUCGGGGAGCAGACCCCGCGGGAGGUAACCUAAAGAAGGUACAACCCCAACCGGAGAAACUUCCCGGGACCCCACAGGCUGACGGCACCGGGAAUGUCUGCAGCGAGAGCGACAAAGAUAGCACCCCUUCCCCUGCAGCGAGCUCUAAAGGCAAGGAGAAAAGUAAGAGCGCUGGCCCUAGUGCCAGGAAAGGAAAGGGGCAGAUCGAUAAAAGAAAAAUAAGAGAGAAGCGAAGAUCCACAGGAGUUGUCAACAUACCUUAUGAGAGUCCAGAUGAGUUUGAUGAUGACAGUUCAGAGCAGAAGGAACGAAAGAGGGAAAACACACUCACACAGCAGAAUACUGUGCAGAACGAAGUGCUGGCCUCCGAUCCCAGUCCUGCUCAUCUAUUACAGGACACACCUAGAGCUGCGACAAGCAAGUAUAAAAGCUCUGCAGCUCCUGUUCCAGAUGAAGAGGUCCCUGGAAACUCUAAGUACUCUGCCAGGACUGACCGGACAGGGCACAGCCGGCAUAACCGGGAGCAGAACCCACCGGGCACAGUGCCAGCCAGAGGCCUGGAGAAGAUAAUCGAAGAACUUGAAAGGGAACUUGCCAAGGAGAGACAGGAAAGUGCACAGCUAUUGAAAGCUCACCAGGAUAAAGACGAACUCAUUGAGAAGCUCAAGGAAGAAAUCGACCUCCUCAACAGGGAUCUUGAUGACAUAGAGGAUGAAAAUGAACAGCUCAAGCAUGAGAACAAGACCCUUCUGAAAGUUGUCGGACAGCUGACCAGAUAGAACUCGGUCUGCUGGAAGAAACAACACAAAAAAACAACUACAAAAAAAAAAGAGAUUACAGUAUGUAUCGCUGUGUUUAUAAAAUUGCAUAUUUUAUGGAAUGGGUGGAGAAAAAAAAUAUUUAAGGAAAUCAGCAGCUUGUUUGUCUGUCUGUUAUGAAACUGGCUGAAUUGAAGGUCCCUUGUUAAAGCUGCAGAAGUGCUACAGUUCAUUCAUGAUUAGAAAUGUUUAUUCUGUUUAUCUGUUUAGUCUGUUUAUUGAUUUCCCCAGUGGCUCGCCUACUGUAGUAAAAGCACUAUCGCAUGGAGUGCAGGGUGAGCCAUGCAAUCGAAAGCAUGCAGGUUCAAGUCUCGACUGCAGCAAGAUGACGAUCUUGAAAUACUAAAAGAAACAAAGUAAAUGUAAUGACGAACGUUUUGAAUAGAAGUCUUUCUCGAUGGCUUUGUUGUUGAAACAGCAUUGAAGACUUUGGGAGACUUCUAGCUGAAAUAUUUGUGAUUUGAAUUUAUUUAACUUCUUUUGCUAUUUCUAAAUGUAGUCCUAUUGAGUGUUUAAUAGUUUUAUGUACAGUUCUUUGGGCUCUUCUGUGAAAUAGGCAAUCUCAUAAAUACAGCAUAGGCAAAGUCCCAGCGUGUUUGUAGGGGAACACUAAUUACCAAGCAUGAUUUGGGCUUCCUACAAAUCGGGUAGAUUUUUUUUUUUUUUUUAAUUGAAAAAUUUUGCUCAUUAUAUGGAAAGCAAAUUCUGGAACAAUGAGAAGAGCUUGGAAUGAAUUGACUUUGAUCUGUUAAGCAGCAAUAAAGCUUUCGUGGAUGCACUGUUAACAAGAACACACAGCUGUUGAUUUAUUUUGCCUUGCAUCAAACAUGUUGGGACUUUAAAAAAACAAAAAGGGGAAAUAAACUUGAUAAGCAGUAAUUGCCAAAGUUGUCUGGUUUAGUGGGAUCUACCUGUACUUUUGGGUAGAAAUAAAUUUAAUGUAAAUGUAUUGUACAUAGGUCCAUAGAUUUGGUAUUUGAAGAACUAUAAAUGAAUUAAUGUAUUUAAGAGGCCUUUUGUACCGAAAACUACAAAUCUUUGGUUCAUGAUCAUGUAGAAGAAAAGGGGGCCAUAUCUUGACUAUUGAGUAUCUAGAAUUGUUUCUGACUAUCACGAACUGCAGUGAAGGGUCAGUUUGUUUACACUGUAUCUACAUCAUGAUCAAAUACCAUGCAAGUAAAAUAAAUAGGUAAGCAGAUAAGCAUAUCCUAGUUCCAAUUAAACCAAGCUGAAACACUUUGGAUCUUACAUGUUUUAAGUAUACUUUUGUAGAUAGUGAUCAGUUAAAAAAACAAAUAAAGCCUGGUGCUUUUUUUUAUCAUUAUAUUGAUCACUGAAAUCCAGGUGUAAAAAGUAAAUAUUUAAAUAAACAACAGUACAAGCACUAAAUGUUAAAAUGAUUUCCCACAAACAUUUCUGUUACUAUAUGCAGGCUUAUGCUUUAAGGUGAUGUAAAUAACCUAGCAAGUUUUUCAUAACCGAGAUAUGAUAUAUGAUACAUUUUAAUAUUUAAUCUGAAACAAACCUGUUUUUAGCUAGAAGGUUAAUCACAGGAAUGUGUUUUUUUUUUUUUUUUUUUAUGGGGCGGAGGAUUAUGAGUGGAAUGUCUUGAUUUUUAUUUAGUAAUUCAUUUUAUGGUAGUUUGUCUGUCAGAAAUGAGUCGGUGUAUAUUGUUUUAUGAAAUGCAUUAUUUGGGCUGCUUUAAGUUUGGGAUUUUCGGUAGAACUCGAUAGAUCUUUUUAUCUGUAUUAAAAAGCCUUAAAUAUAUAGAAAUCUAUUGUGAUUUUGUAAUGCCUUUGUUAACACUUCCCAUACAUGCCAAUGUGCACAUUUUUACUUGGUUUGUAUAAUGAAGAUCUUGUUAGAUGUCACCAGUAGCUUAUGCAUGUACAGAAGAGAAUAGUCAUUUAAUAAAAGUUUGAUUACACUUGUA